GCGCGCGCCUGUGCGGUCUCCUCAGUACCGCCCGCUCCAGCGCUUUUCUCUUCCCGACGGUCGCUAAUGAACCGUUUUAAGCCCGGAUAGCACGGACAGCGGACCGGAGCCGUCAGCCGCCCCUUAAUAUGACACAGUUGGACGCGGCUGUCUUUACGGGAAUCAUCUUUUAACGGAAGAGCGGAGGAAGAGAAACGGAGGAAUGAGGUGUUUCCAUUGCAUUUAUCUGAGUUAUCGCCUCAGCAUGUGGAAGCAUACCGACUGCUAGAGGACAGGAAACACAAACUCUCACCUGAGACUGCUGCCCUCUACCUGCUUCGACAACAGCACAACUAUUGGAGACUGAGAUCAGCAGGAAGAGAAAGGAGUGUGAAGUCCUUGAGGAGGAGGUGAAGAAAAAGAGCCAGUCAUGUCAAACUCUGGAGAGUGAGCUUCAGCAUGUUCUGCAGGAGAAAGCACGUCUGAAUCUCCGCUUGUUCAACGAUACCCAGAAGGCAGCAAAGUAUGAGCAGGUGAAAAGUGAGUAUGAACAGCUGCAGGAGGCUCUGUACACUGUGACAGUGGAGAGAGAUUGCGCUCUGUUGGAGAGGACUGAGCUCCAAGGCAAACUGGAGAACCUAGAGCAGGUGCUGAAGCAUAUGCGAGAGGCUGCAGAGAGGAGGCAGCAGCUAGAAUUAGAGCAUGAACAAGCCUUGGCCGUCCUCAGUGCCAAACAGCAGGAGAUUGACCUUCUGCAGAAGGCUCAAGUUGAGGCUAAGAGGGAACAUGAAGGUGCCGUCCAUCUGUUAGAGAAUCACUUGGACAGCAUGCAGCUGAGAAGUUUCCUUCGCACUAAGAACACAAUGCGAUUUUUGGCUAAAGUGAGAGAACUGGAGGAAAAAUGCCGGACACAGAGUGAGCAGUUUAACCUGCUGUCAAAAGAGUUGGAGAAGUUCAGGUUGCAGGCUGGGAAGUUAGACAUCCUGAGCAGCAGUCAGCUGACAGGGGGCGACUCGCCCGGCUCACCCACCAAACCCCUCACCCUCUCCCAGCUCCUCAACGGCCUCACUGCCCCCUCCGGGAAAGGUAAUGAGGAUUCGAUGAGUAAGAUCUCAGAGCUCAUUCGGCCUCUGCAGAUGACUGAGGGGGAGAAGGUAGAGCUCCUGUCUGUCAAACCCACCUUCCUGUCACGCAGCACACCCUCCAGCCCACGGCAGGCCUUCCUCUCAGAGGUGCGGCCCGUCAUCGCCACUGCUAUGGACAAAGAGCAAGGCUCGUCCCCCAGGUCUAAGUCCAGAUACACAGGCAAAGUGCGACUGUGUGUUGCCCGCUACAAUUAUAACCCUUAUGAUGGUCCCAAUGAGCAUCCUGAAGCAGAGCUCCCCCUGGUGGCUGGGAAGUACCUGUAUGUUUAUGGGACCAUGGAUGAGGAUGGCUUCUAUGAGGGUGAGAUGUUGGACGGACAGCAGGGUCUCGUUCCCUCCAACUUUGUGGACUUUGUCCAGGAUGAGGAGCUCCCGUCAGUUCCUCUCUUGGACCGCAUCAAGGAACCGUCCUACCUCAACCACAGCCCCGCCGCCUCCAUGCCCAGCAGUGCCGUGAGUACACUCAGCACGCUGCUCUCAGAGAAGCUGGAUGCCCUGGGCUCGGGCACCGGGACGGGCACCAGCAGCAGCAGCGGGGUGAGCAGCUUGGGCAUGAGCAUGGGGCUGGGCAUGGACUUUCUGGGACCCUGCAGCAAUGGCACAGGCAAUCUGGACGUGAACAUCGACGAGAUCGGAGAAGACAUCGUGCCUUACCCCCGCCGCAUUACCUUGAUCAAGCAGCUGGCCAAGAGUGUUAUCAUAAGCUGGGACCCUCCGGUGGUGCUGCCCGGGUGGACGCCCACCAGCGGCUACAAUGUGCUGGUGGAUCAGGAGGUACGCAUGAGUGUGCCCUGCGGUGGCCGCACCAAGUCUUUGAUCGAGAAGCUGAAUCUGGCCUCCUGUACGCACCGCAUCUCCAUCCAGAGCAUGACGGAGCGGGGGCUCUCCGAUCCGCUGCGCUGCACACUGCUGGUGGGGAAAGAUGUGGUGGUGGCGCCCUAUUACCUUCGUGUGGAGAACAUCACGCAAGUAUCGGCUGAGCUCACCUGGAUGCCAAGCAACAGCAACUACAGCCACAUGAUCUUCCUGAACGACGUGGAGUAUGAUGUUGUGAAGCCUGGAGGGUACAAAGUCGAACCCGCAACCUUGAAGCCCAUGACGGUGUAUAAGAUACGGGUGGUGGCCCGGUCCCAUCAGAUGCCCUGGCAGCUUCCCCUUGAGCAGAGGGAGAAGAAGGAGGUCUCAGUGGAGUUCUGCACACAGCCAGCCGGUCCUCCUUUACCUCCUCAGGAUGUUCAGGUUCAGAUAGGACAGACACCAGGAGUCUUGCAGAUCCGUUGGAAGCCUCCUCCCCUCACUUCUACCGGCACUUCCAAUGGAGCCAAUGUAAUCGGAUACAUAGUCUGCACUAAAGGUCAAAAGAUAGCAGAGAUAAUGUACCCCACAGCAGAUUUCGUUACGGUGGAACUGAACCGUAUCCAGUGUCUGGAAGCGCGGGAGGUCGUCGUGAGGACAAUAUCAGCACAAGGAGAGUCGCAGGACUCUCCUGUGGCCACCAUUCCGCACAACCUCCUGGUGCCUCACACCCACGGACACCCCCCUCACCCGCCUCCCUACCCACAAGCCUACCCCCCAACCCAUCCACAACCGCAUGUCCAGCCCCACUCCGUCCCGCCAUCCCACCCUCAUCCACCACCCUCGCACCCCCACGUCCACCCCUCGCCCUCCUCGUACCCCAUGUCUAAACCCAAACGCCUACCAAGUGACAGAGACCCCCAUGCCAAAGAGCCAGAGAUGGGCAGGCGAAUGGGACAGCCCUGGGAGCCGCAUCCCCGGGCUCCGUCACCCCUACCGCACCAGGGACACACGCUGGAGCCCCCUCACGUAGAGGGCCGAUGCUCACCCUCCCCUCAGAGGAUCUUGCCUCAACCUCAGGGAGUGCCCAUUCCCAACACAGUGGCUCGUGCUAUGGCCCGCCAGGUGGCGCAGAGGAGCACCCCGAAUAGCAGGGUGGAGAGGAGGAAUAUCUUUAGUGAGAGAGGUAACGCUCUGCAUUCAUUAAACUCAGACGAGGAGGAGGACGGGUACGAUUCGCCUCACGCCAGGCGAAGAGGAGCGUCUGUGGACGAGUUUCUCAGAGGUUCUGAGCUGGGCAGACACCAUCAUCACUAUAGCCACAGUGAGGAGUACUACACCGAGAGCAGUCGGGGCUCCGAUCUGUCUGACAUCAUGGAGGAGGAUGAGGAGGAGCUGUACUCGGAGAUGCAGCUGGAAGAAGGGCGCCGCCGCAGCAUCAACUCACACAACACAUUAAAGAUUUUAGGGAGUUCUCCCUCAACGGGACGCUCGGAUCGAUUGGACCAUUCCGGCCAUAGGGCGAGUCACGGCUGUCCACCCGCUCAGAGAAGGCCAAUGACAGUCCCUUCCAUUGAUGGUUAUGGAGGACGUGACCGGCGGUCUCCAGACUACUAUGAGUCAGAGCCAGAGGACUUGUCCCGACUCUUUGUGGCCAUGUUUGACUACGACCCCUUGUCAAUGUCUCCUAACCCCGAUGCUGCUGUAGAGGAGCUUCCCUUCAAGGAGGGCCAGAUCAUAAAGGUGUUUGGAGAGAAGGACACAGAUGGAUUCUAUAGGGCAGAGAUCUGUGGCCGCAGGGGGCUCAUCCCCUGUAACAUGGUCUCAGAGAUCCAGACGGAUGAUGAUGAAAUGUUGGACCAGCUGCUCAAACAGGGGUUUCUUCCUCUCAACACGCCCAUUGAGAAAAUAGAGAGGAACAAAAGGAGUGGAAGGCAGCACCCGGUGUCGACGCGGAGGAUGGUGGCCCUGUAUGACUAUGACCCCAGAGAGAGCUCUCCUAACGUGGAUGUGGAGGCUGAGCUGACGUUUUGUGCCGGCGAUGUGAUCACAGUGUUUGGAGAGAUCGAUGAGGAUGGCUUUUAUUACGGGGAGCUCAAUGGACACAAGGGUCUGGUCCCCUCCAACUUUCUUGAAGAAGUGCCUGAUGACGUGGAGGUUUACCUCACCAACACACCGAGCCGUCACCCCCAGGACCACCCGUCCCGGACAAAGAACAAAAGGAAGAAGAGUGUUCAUUUCACUCCGUAACGGCUCAGUAUCUGUCACGUUUGAUUUGGCUCCAACACCCUUGGUGAAGUUACCAUGCUGAAAGGUGAUAGAUUACUUCAAAAGACUGGUUCCCAUGGAAAAAGCGAGCCCUCCCAGAAGAAGUGCCACCCCCGCAGUGCGCCCACACAUCCCGGGGUCCGGCCCCGCAGCCCAGGGGCCCGGCAGUCCCAUCCGGCGCCCCCGAGCUGACUCUAAGAAAACAGGACUGCUCUCCAAAGGAAAGAAUCUAUUGAAAAGGCUUGGUGCUGUCAAAUAGUUUCACAUAACUCUCUUCACAGCAGCCGGGUUAAGGAGGUUGGAAUUGAGGAGAAUUUACCUUAGAAGGUGGGAAAAAGAACAUUUCUCCCAUCUUCUGUUUCUGUAAUCACAUGGAUUGGCCACGGAAAAGAGAAAGGGAAAUGGUGGAAACUAUGGCUUUCAUGACCACAACUUCAGCUUUAUGCCUUUGAAACUGUAAUAAGUUCUGUUUGCCCAUGUUUGAUUCUUAAAAGCACAGAAAUGCUCACUAAUGUGAGUUACUAAGAUGUCUUGUUAUAAAUAUACAAUAGAAGGGAUGUUCUUGGAUAAUAAAAUAAAAUCUA